AUGUUAUCACUCCGGAUAAAGGCCCGAAACUUCGUGGCAACAGAUACGACGAAAGGACCUUAUCAAACACUGGGGACCUUAUCAAACGUUGUCGUCGCGUCUUAUUCAAUUCUUUUUUGCUUCCCUCUUUAUUUUCGCAUUUUGAUCUUCCCUUUAUUUUAUACAUCUUUCUCUUCUUUCUUGUUUCUCAUUAUCUUUAACGGUCUGUUCUUUCUCUCCUCUUUCCCGUUGCGGGUUCUGCUUUUUUCUUUCUCUCGUCCCCUUUCUUCUUUUCUCAUGCACCUUUCCUUUCUUUUUCUUUCUUUCUCUCUGCAUACAUCUUCUUUUACUUCUCUCACUUCCUUCUCACUUUCCAUACGUGCUAGACGCUACACCACGUUGAAGAGCCUACUUAGACAGAUGCUUAUACACUUAUAUAUAAACAACCAAUUUUCCCUCUCACCCCACCUCUACCUCUCGCUCACACUCUCUUUCUCUCACUAUCUCACUCCCCCUCUCUCUCUUUCACACACACACACACUGUCUCUCUCUCGUUCUCUCCUACUCUAUCUAUCUCUCUCUUACUCUCUCGCUUUUGAAUCUUUUAUUUUUUUCACUCCCGUGUUUUCUCUUAUACUUUCUUUCUUUCCUUUCUCCCCCUUCCCACCAGCUUUGGCUUUGCACCUAACUUUCUUCUUCUCACCUCUUAUUUUCUCUUGUCUUAAACCCUCUUCGUUUGCAUUUCACAUCUCUAGCUCAUUUUCUUUGACCUUACACCUGACCCUUUUACCUUCUGCCAUUAGCCACUCUCACCUUUUUCCCCUUCCCUUCCCUGUCUUUGAUCUUUCACCUGCUUCUUUCGUUCUUUCAUUUUUCUUUCUAUCUUCUUUCUUUCUUUCUUUUUACGCCUAUCUGUUUAUUGCUUUUCACCGUUUAGAUAUCAGUUUUCACCUCCCUAUGUUAACUGUUUCUGACUUUCUUUUCUUUCUAUUACAUACAUAUUCCUUUUUUUCCAUCUUUUUUUCUUUUUUUAUUCUCUCUUUUUUUUCUUUUUCUUCCAUUUCUCUUUAG